AGUGCUCGCGUUCGCGAUAUUCGUCCCUGUUUUGGUGAAUCGUAGAGUAGUGUGGAAGAAAGUGCAAGCCAGCGACAUGAUGAAUUUCGCACUUAGCAGCCAAUUCUAUAUCGAUGCUCUAGAACGUGCGAUACACGAGCAAGUUCCGCAGCACUUUCAAACGCUGGCAGAAGAAAACCAGCUCAAUCCGUUCGAUCUCGUACCACUGGACAUGAUGACGACGGUAGUGGAACCGUCUGCGGAUGACAUUGGCUCCGCGAUCGAAGAGGAGCGCGAAGCAAAGUUUCUGCAGUCAGCGGAAAACCAGCACCUGCCGCAGCAGCAGCAAUCCGACGAGCAGCACAGUAGUAGUGGCAGCGAAGGCAACCCAUUCUGCGACAUCAAUGAUAAUAGUAUUCUGGUUGAGUUUGAAAAGAUAGACGAUGAGCUGGAUGAGGACGGAGGAUGUAAUAAAGAAAACAAUACUCUAUACGAAGACGGAGAGCCAUCGCAUGCCACUAUCACGAUCGAGGGUCCGGACAAUCAAAUACUGGCCCGGUAUCGUUGCAACUAUGGCAGUUGUAACCGAAGCUACAGUACGGUAGGCAACCUGAGGACACACAUGAAAACACACCGAGGGGAGUACAAGUUUAAAUGCACCGAAGAGGGCUGCACCAAAGCUUUCCUGACGUCCUACAGCCAGAAGAUACAUAUACGAGUCCACACGAAGGUGAAACCGUACAUCUGCAGCGAGAGCAGCUGUCGCAAAGCGUUCAACACGCGUUACCGUUUGAGGGCACACGAGCGGCUCCACAAUGGCGAAACGUUCAAUUGCUCCGUCUGCCAGAAGGUUUUCACCACGCUGAGUGAUCUGAAGAAACAUUCGCGUGUUCACACUCAAGAGAGACCGUACAAGUGCAAAGAAGAUAAAUGUGGCAAGGCGUUCACCGCAUCGCAUCAUCUGAAAACGCACAUCCGGACACAUUCAGGCGAACGACCCUUUUCGUGCAAGAUCAAUGAUUGUAACAAAUCCUUCAGCACACCCCACAGUCUGAAAACACAUUCGAAAACACACGAAAAAGCGAAGAAAAAAUUCUCCAAAUCCUCCAAAAUGAAGAAGGCGCGCUCUUCAGCCUAUGAUCAGGAAGCCGAAAUGUCCUCCUACGACAUUGUGCUUCUAGACGAUGAAUAUGAAACAGACGGGGCACGUGCAAUCGACAUAGUUAAUGACCAGUCUCCGGACGCGCAACAGGUUAAUGUGAACCCGUCAAACGCUGUGAACAGCAUUGUUACACCCGGGGAGGAAUUCAGCUUCGUACAGGUGAAUGAUUUCCACGAAUCGAAGGCUCUCGAGUUAGCACUUGCCGCGGAAGAAGAGCUAAACCCACAAUGGAUCGACAUUUCGAUGUUACAAACUAAAUCGCUCGCAACACUCGAUCCCGUAACGUCUGCCUGUGUAGCACUCCCGACCAAUGUUCCGUCAUAUGUGGAUCUUUCAUUCAAUGUGAAUGUAGCGGACUAUCUACCGACCACAGAAACGAAUGCCGCAAGCACCACAACCACAGGCGGAGCUGUUCUUACCGGUGAACUACCCGCCAAUGGAUCACAGGUGUUUACAAUCGAGAAUUAUUUUGACGAAAAUUUGCUGGAAAGUGCCAAUGCAACCGUACAGAUUGAUCGUGCAAUACAGAACAGUGAACAGCGUGCCGGUGUGGUGAAGCAAGAAGAACAGGAAGAAACGGAAAAAUUAAUCAAUGAACUGUUUGCCGAGGAGUUCCUACCGAAGCUAAAUUCUUCCUCGGAUGCUAUGGGAGGCAGUACGCAAGGUCCCGAACCUGGUGGUGGCGGUUUUGUGUCGGUUAACCCGACGGAAAAUGCCCAAUCCGAAUCAAACAACUUGUUAAUGGACGGCUCAAUCCCUGUAGCGGAUGCUUCAACCAAAACACUUAAGGACAUUACGGCCGAUGCAGAUAUUUGUCGUUGUGUCAACUGCCAGUGUGAUCCGUUGCAGGGUUGCAUUGGAGGCUGUGGUCCUGAGAAUCCUUGCCGUGGUACAGCAUCCGCAAGUACCGAAUUCAAUGUAUCUUCUUCGCUGAUGCCAACCAUAUCCCAAUCGCAUGAUCUUGCAGAGUUGCAACCAGCAACCUCCAUUGAAGCGCAAUCCACCAUACCUAGUGGCACCGUGAGCUUGAUGGCAAUGCAGCAACCUCAGAUCGAACCAUUAAAGGAACCGUUUUUGCAAUCUUCUUGUUGUAAAGCACCGGAAGCAGCAAACAAUAAUGCCAUCAGUGGAAUCGGACCAAAACUAACCGAUCAACUCGAACCGCUGACUAACAUGCUGAAAAGCUUGCAGAACUGUUCCUGUGCUGGACCGCGGGAUGGCCAUUCGAAGGGAUGUUGUGUGGUCAUUUGUUUGAAGACGCUGGAAACGCUCAAAAAGGUACUGAGUACACACUCCAGCUUGAUCCAUUGUCAGAAUAGCAGUAGUGCCAUAAUCAACUGAGAGAUUCGAUCCGAGUGUGUGUUUGUGGUAUAAUUAGUGCAAUAGAUCCACUUUUAACGCAGUACAAACAUCUUAUCGCGAAACAGUCCAAUCGUUGUUAGUGAUAAAAGAGCAAAAAAAAAGAAGGAGAGGCAACGUCGCCCUAAUAUCGUUCCUAAGAGGACGACACUUGAAAUGGUUCUAUUUUGUUGUAGAAGAUGUUAUGUUUUUUAUUGAUUUGUUAUAUUGUGUUUAUUAGCAUACUCUUAGUUCCAUGCAUGGAAACGAAGGCGAAAGAAUUUUGUUAAGAAUGUUAAGGUAAUAAUGUUGAAAAUGCUCACGGCAGCAAUGCCGGCCUUUUUUGCUAUUGCUGUAUCCCAACGACUUUCACUAUUAACUUAAUCUUCUCUAUUACUUCUAUUUAAUGUAAUCAUUCUAGUUUCCAAUCUUUACAUACUUUAACGAUUAAUGCUUAGUUGCUUACAUUCACCGCAAAUGCCUGAUGGAAUUCGCAUUUGUCUAUUUGAUUCCCCCAGGAGGGAUCCCGAUGUGAACGAAACCAAGCGAGCAAAAAGGAGGUGACUGUUAUAUUUGUUUAAUUGUUCCUAUAGACAAGGGAUCGGUCCAAGUUCUAUGGCCAAAAACAAUAAGUUAGGAGAAUGGAAACCUUUUCAGUUUUCUUCGGCUCGAUUUGCCGAUCCCUGCUCUACGCUAUUUUAGUAUUUUAGAAUUACUUUCCUAUUCCUCUCACGGAACUUGUCCGCUAUGGAUUUCUGCUAAGUACCUAUCUAUACCUAUCUACCGUUACAGCGCUGUAGCUUUGCUAUUUACAUUCUUUAUUGUGCCAAAUAUGAGGAAACAAAAGUGCAAUAAUAUAUGCAGUGAAACAUAUAGAACAAACAGGAUUACCGAUUAGUGUGACGGACGUUAAGGCUUAAGCUGUUGAUUACAAGAAUUGUUUAGUUGGGUUUGAUUCGAAUUUUAUUGGUUCCGUAAAAGAUGAUGAUUGAAGUGCGACAUGCUAUAUGGAGUCGGGGAUUUAGUUGUUUUUAUUUUUGAAGCUUACUGUUAGUAUAGAGAGUAGAACUCCUCUCAAGCAUGAUCAUUCUCAUCAUGAGUAGAUAUCGCGGGGCGAAGAAACUGUGUGUAGAAGGAAACACAUUUAAGUUUUAAUAAUUAAUUUCAGUAUGCUUUUUACCUAGUCAUUUUGUUUCGUGCAAUACCGUCAACAAUAGCGUUCGUUUAUGCACUUAACGACCACAUAAGAAGUCAAGGUACCAAAGCAAACACUAUAGUUUAUGGUGACAAACGAAUGUAAUGUGCCAAAGGUUGGCGCGCAACUAGUGGAACAACUCAUUACAAAAUAGAGAUCGAAACAUGCGUUUUAAAUAAAUGAAAGCAGCUAUUUUUUCUCUUCCCGAAACAAUGAAAACGACAUUAACA